AUGGCCGCUGAGGCGGGCGGCGGGCGCCGUCGCUCCCGGCUGCCGCUCGCCGCCCUCAUGGCCGCGCUGCUGCUGCCGCCGCUCCUGGGCUGCGCCGCCGCCUCUCCGUCCGCGUGCCAGCACCGCGUGCCCCGCGGCGGCGAGGUCCUCUACCAGGUGCCGCUGAGGGAGAGCCGCGUCGCCAAGCGCAGCGUGGGCCAGCAGCUCCGCAUCAGGGUCCUCUACGACCGGAGCGUGGAGGACCUGCUUCCUGAGAAAAGGCACCUCGUUAAGAGCAAACUCCUUCCUCAAGCUAUUUCUUAUUUGGAGAAGACUUUUCAAGUGCGCAAACCUACAGGUACUAUAUUACUAAGCAGGCAGUGUGCAACAAAUCAGUAUUUAAGGAAGAAAGCUGACCCUCACAGGUACUGCCGAGGAGCCUGUGCAGAGCRUACAAGAUGUGGGCCAGUUAUAGUGCCCGAGAAACAUCUCCAGCAAUGCAGGGUGUGCAAUGAGACCGAGUGGCACUGCGGGCCCGUGGGCCCGCCCGACCAGGAGGGCGUGCGAGAUGCCGACUUCGUGCUCUACGUCAGUGCUCUCACCACCGAGAGGUGCGGCCAUGAAAACAUCAUUGCCUACGCAGCCUACUGCCAGCUGGAAGCUGACAUGGACAGGCCAAUAGCAGGGUAUGCUAAUUUGUGUCCAAAUAUGAUUUCAACUCAAGCUCAAGAAUUUGUUGGCAUGUUGUCUACAGUGAAACAUGAGAUUAUCCAUGCCCUGGGUUUCUCUGCUGGGCUGUUUGCAUUCUACCGUGAUGAUGAUGGAAAACCUUUAACAGCAAGAUCCAUGGAUGGGCUUCCUCCUUUUAAUGAAAGUCUAGGUUUGUAUGAGUGGAGCAAUAAGGUGGUGGUUAAGGCUGUGAGGUUAUGGGAUGUUCGUGGUGGCAAAAUGCUGCGCCAUGCUGUGUAUCUUCUUAUAACGCCUCGUGUAGUUGAAGAAGCUCGGAAACACUUUAAUUGUCCAAUCCUGGAGGGAAUGGAGCUUGAAAAUCAGGGUGGUAUGGGCACCGAGCUGAAUCACUGGGAGAAGAGACUGUUGGAGAAUGAAGCAAUGACUGGAUCCCACACACAGAAUAGAGUCUUCUCCAGGAUCACCUUAGCGUUAAUGGAAGACACUGGUUGGUAUAAAGCAAAUUACAGCAUGGCAGAGAAAUUAGACUGGGGACGUAACAAAGGCUGUGACUUUGUGAUGAAGAGCUGCAAGUUUUGGAUUGACCAAAAGAAACAAAAGAGGCAGCUAAUCAGUCCAUACUGUGACACUUUGAGGAGUAACCCUCUGCAGCUGACCUGCAGACAGGACCAAAGAGCAGUAGCUGUGUGCAAUUUGCAGAAGUUUCCAAAGCAAUUACCUCAGGAAUAUCAGUAUUUUGAUAAUCUAAAUGGAGUGCCAGCAGAAGACUUGCCUUAUUAUGGUGGCUCCGUGGAAAUUGCUGAUUAUUGUCCUUUUAGUCAAGAAUUUAGCUGGCAUUUAAGUGGGGAAUUUCAGCGCAGCUCGGACUGUAGAAUACUGGAAAACCAACCAGAUCCUACCAAAAACUAUGGUGCAGAGAAAUAUGGACCAAACUCUGUAUGUCUGAUUCAGAAAUCAGCUUUUGUCAUGGAACAAUGCAGGAGGAAACUCAGUUACCCUGACUGGGGUAGUGGAUGUUAUCAAGUUUCCUGCUCUCCACAAGGGCUGUAUGUUUGGGUCAAGGACACUGCGUAUUUGUGCAGCCGCUCGGGUCAGGUACUAAGUGUUAGCAUCCAGAUGAACGGCUGGGUGCACGUUGGGAAUCUCAUUUGUCCGGCCUGUUGGGACUUCUGUGAUUCCUGUCCUCCUGAGCGGGAUCCUCCAGCUUCCAACUUAACAAGAGUUGCACCAGUUGAUUUAUGCUCCUGCUCAUCCAGUCUGGUUGUCACUCUCUGGCUCCUGAUGGCCAACUUGUUUCCCCUGCUAACGGGGAUUUUUCUCUGCGCCUGGAGCUAGAAGUGGGGAAAAGGAGGAGUUCUGAGACGGGGCUGUCACUGAUGCUGCACCUGGGGCUGUGGAGCGAGAGCAGCUUCUUCCCUCUACGGGCAGCUGGAACCUGCUGAACCUCUUCCCUCUGGCAAGUAGCAGUGCUGAUGGGUGCCAGGGAGGCACCUUGAGAGGACAAGGGGUUUAUGUGGUCAUCUCAAAAAGUGCCCGUGUUUUCCUGAGUUACAGCCUUUCAUUUUGAUACGGUAACCAGACCCACUCAGCUGGCUGUGCUAGAUCAUCUGGCAACUUAGGGUUUGAAAUGGGAACCUCUCUGUAUUUUUUUAUUUUUCUUAAAUACAUCGUCUGUGUGACUGGGAGCAAAGCAUCCUCAAACUGGAAAUAUACCUCAGUGGUUUAGUCAAAAGCCAGGUGAAAAUCAGUUGUGAUCACUGCUAAUACGCCAGACCUAAAUAGGUGUGUGUGUGUGUGUUUUGUUUUUAGCAAUUUCUAGAGUUCAUGGUGGGGAAAACAAAAUUAUGUUUUGGGGUAGCACAGCAGUCGUUGAGAAUUGCUUCUACAAUUGGAUUCCUCCACUUUGAAGCUUCUCAGAAAUCAUAGUAUUGUAUGGUAAAAUGUCUAAUUCUUGGGGUUCACUUAAACCUUUGAUGCGAAGUCGGAUUUUGAAUGUAACCAAAUCCGAUUUUUGGUUAGCGCCUGUCAGUCCUAGUAUGAAACUUAGUUCAUCAAAUAUUUGAAUAUUCUCAGAGUAAUUUGCUAAGCAAAUGCAUUUCAGUCCUGAUACACAAUCUGCAAAAUUGGGAUAGGUUUUCUUAUGUUAUAUUUAUAAAUAUUUAUUAAUAGGGUGACUGUUUUGUUGAGGAGACAGUAGUGAUGGCUGCUAUAAUCUUACAGGUACUGUAUUGAUUUCCUUAGGCCAGAACUAAUUUGUUGAAUGUAUGAAACACUUGAUCUGUCUUUUUUUUUUCCCCCUUUCUUGGACAUACGGUUGAUAAUCCACAUUUUGGACCCCACAAGGGCUUGCUGCAAAAUUUAUUCCUUAAUGGACAAUAUCUACUAGGCUGAAGGAAUGAAGAAAACCUGUCUCCCUAAGAACAGGUGCUCUUUAGGACCCUGUAAGGAUGACUUCUUAUGUUUCUGAGCUUGCAUAAAGCRUGACAAACAAACCAGUUCAGAGAAAAAUAAGCUCUUAAGUGGUACAAACUAUUGUCCAGCUGGAAUAAUUUUUCCUUCUAAGAGAAGGGUUAAACUUGAGAGAGGGGAUGUGCCCAGUGCGCCACAAAAUGCAAAGUUAGGAAUAGAGAAGUUCUCUGCUCUUUAAAUGUGCCGUGAUGUUCAAGUUGUAGGUGCUUCGAUCCCUUUCUAAAAUGAAAGGUAAAUGGAAAGGGCAAGGAAUACAAUUUCUUUGGCAGAAAUUAAACAGUUAAAUAGCAAAAUUUUCAUUGAAAUUGUAAAGACAGCAAAGAAAAUCAACAUCUGUCUGUUUUUAUUUGUUUGUGUAGAGACUUGUGCCACUGCUGAGGUGAGUGAACCUCAAGCUGUCGCUGUGUGAAGGUCUCACUACCGAGAGUCCCGGGCACUGGGCUAGUUAAGCUGCACCCCUUCUUGCUGCAGGUCCUGCACCUCUGCGAUGACUUUAGCWAGGCCUAGGUUAGCCUUAAGUAAGUGUUUCUGAGAAGCAAUAUGAGUUAGAGAUCAAAUGCUUUCAAUGUGUGCAAGUUGGAACUAAGUGACACUCAGAUUCAUCAGCAAACACUGAUUACUUUAAUAUAUGCACGAUCCAGAGCUGGAAUUAAACAAUUCCUCAGCAACUUGGAAAGGUUUGAGAGUACAUYCUAGGUCCCAGAGGUAGACAUUGUAUCUUUUUGUCUGUUGUGCAAUAAUACAAUUUAAGUGGUAUCAGUCAAAAACRAUGCUUUUUAUACUUGAAAGAUAACUUUGGUUAUUUUUUCUUACUGUGAAAUAUUUGCACUGUCUCAACUUUCCGGUUAACUUUAUAACUGUAGAACUUUUUUACUGGUGUUAAUUUAUUGCACUUGAUAUUUGAUGUGCUGGUCUCCUGUCUGUAAUUGUGAAGUUUGUCAUAUUUAAGUGAAUAUUUUUUUUAUCUUCUACACAGUUGUUUAUCUUGAGGGCUUUUAUUUUCUCUUCCUGAGAACUAACUGAAAUCUGAAAGAUGGCUUAAAAAGUCAGUGCUUACCUACUUCUGAAGUGUGUACUGUAAUGAARGAAAGAGGCUGUAAGUGCGUUGCAUGGAUGAGGAGAAUCUCCCUGCUUCUCAGUUUUCCUGGGCAGAUUCACCACUCCCUGCCGAGUAGCUGCAUUAGURACUCCAGUGAAGUAAAGCUGUCCCUGCCUUAAUAAUCUGAGCUUACACUGGUGAUUUCCURGGAACGUGGCCUGCAAAGCCUGGCUGUGAAGGGCGGCAGCCGCUGUCCCAACCCUGGCUACCUCACUCGGCCUCUCCUUGGCCCCCAGGGCUCACGGGGACUCCCAGGAAAACACCUCUCAGGUUUUUAAGAGCAAAGUCAAUUUAGUAGGAAGCCUAAGCCAUUUUUUGACUGGAAAACAUAAAGCAAAAAACUGUAGCUUCAAACAAUCACUUUACGUAGCCUUAAGUAUGAUUUUUCCCAGCAGAACGUGGUGUUAAACACAGGGUUUGUAGGCAGCUACUUCAGGUUUCAUAUUGUGGCACAUCCAUCAUGUUGCAUCUCUUACAUGCAAAGGCUUUCAAAUACAGCCAGUGAGUCUCUGUGUUCACCAGGCCUUGUGGCAUUAUUCCCAGGUAUUCUGCUGCCCURAAGAUAAAUGAACUAGCUUGUCUGUAGCCAGAAUAUUUUGAGUAUCUAAUAUCCACAGUUAACUUUGUGAAAGUAUUCCCUGCUCRAUUAUGGAAGUAAAUUAGUUUUCCAGUCUCUUUCUUGAACCCAGCCAUUCAAGUCUGUAACACUUUUAAUUAAACCUGAGGCAAGUCUUAUUUGAGGAGCACAUUUUUCUAGUUCUGUUUCAAAGACUGUAGGAAGAGGAAAGAGCUGUUGGCUGGUGUGCUUUAUAUGCAGUGAAUAAAAUUACAUAAAGAACAGGCAGCCCACUCCUCCCGAAAUGGGUUGAGGUUCUGGGAGAUGAUCAUAACCUUAGAUAUAGGUCAACUUAUCAAAAGAGAAUUUUGACUCCUGUUGUGUGACUGUAGAUGCAGUGUAGCUUAUUGUGCACUCCUAAAUUAGGAAGACUGAUGUAAUUUAAAAGCAGACA